UGAUUGGCUCGAUUGCAUUGUAUGAGGGGUGGUCUAUGGCCAUACCGUUCCUUGUUGGUCAUAGGUUUUAUGGUCCACUUAUUUUUAGUCAGGUCUUUUGUCAAAUUUCUGAGGAAAACCUGAGGGGGAGUAGGUGGUGUCUGUUAUAUUCUUAAGAAGGACCUUACGCCUGAGGGGGUUUGCUGUAGUCCGACAUUCCCAGCAUUGUUCCAAAAAAUGUGUUUUUCCCCACCCAGGGAUGUCAGGUCCUCAUCUUUCCCUCUCUGCCUAUUUUAUCCCGUCUUUUCCCUAUCAUAAUAUUGCCACUAGGCACUGGUGGGAAGAAGGGGAGCUGGAGGGACUGGAGGCAGAUUGUUAAGUGGACAGAUUGUAGAGGGAGCAUGCAGUGGUACAGCUAUGGGGUCAGCCCUGCUGGUCAGUGGAAUGAGAUCGACUUGUGGGAUACAAGGCCAAGGUGUUGUUGGCAUAGAUGUUGAGACAGGAGUGGGGAUGAUGGUGUAGUAUGGGGAAGAACUGUGGGCCUGAAUAGGAACUUGGAAAUGCCUUUAAAUGCCUUUGGAUCCUUACGAGACCACAGGGGCAGUUAUUUGGAGUUUAGUGAAACUAAACAAUUCUGAGGGCUAAAAGGCACUGGGUAUCAAGAAAGCUUCUUGCUCCUUCCUCUACCCUUUGCCCAACAUGUAGUCCCAGUGGCAUUGAAGCCCACUGAUGAGUUGUCCCUGUAAAGUUGAUUUUUCCUUUCUAAUUAUUUAGGCCAUACAGAAAUAUAAAAUUUAAUGGGAUUGUGCUUUAUUGUAACAGGAUUCUGUAAGAACAAUCUCUUUGAGGUACAUCAAAAAAGCUGCCUACACAGAACCAUUAUACUGUUUACUAAGGUUACCAAAUACCCACCCCAGUGUGUCCCAAAGCAAGAGGUUUCCCAGGGAGCAGAACUAAACACUGGAUGGUCCUGGAAAGUUUGUCUCCUCACUAGACUAUGAGCUCCUUGAAAGAAGGAAUCCUGUCUUACUCAUCUUUAUAUCCCCAGUGUCUAGCACAGCUCCUGGUACAUAUUUCUAGUGCCAAACUAAAAAGAAAAAAGAACUGGUUUGGAACAGCAAUAUAUACAGAAGUAGUUGUAGAUGGAGAAAUUAAGAAAACAGCAAAAUCCAGUAGUUCUUCUAAUCCAAAAUGGGAUGAACAACUAACCGUAAAUGUGACCCCACAGACUACAUUGGAAUUUCGAGUUUGGAGUCAUUAUACUUUAAAGGCAGAUGCUUUAUUAGGAAGAGCAACCAUAGAUCUGAAACAAGCUCUGUUAAUACACAAUAGAAAAUUGGAAAGAGUGAAAGAACAAUUAAAACUUUCUUUGGAAAAUAAGAACGGCAUAGUGCAAACUGGUGAAUUAACAGUUGUGCUGGAUGGAUUGGCGAUUGAGGAAGAAAAUCUAACAAACUGCAACUCAUCUCCAACCAUAGAAAUACAGCAAAAUGGUGAUGCCUUACAUGAAAAUGGAGACCCUUCAACAAGACCAACCUCCAGGUUGGUUGUUGAAGGUACCAGUGGAAUAGAUAAUCAUACACCUACAAGCACUCUAGUUCAAAACUCAUGCUGUUCAUAUGUAGUUAAUGGAGACAACACACCUUCAUCUCCGUCUCAGGUUGCUGCCAGACCCAAAAAUACACCAGCUCCAAAACCACUCACAUCUGAGCCUGCCAAUGACACUGUUAAUGGAGAAUCAUCCUCAUCUGCACCAACUGAUAACGCUUCCACUAUGGAUACUGUAAUAGUAUCUGAAGAAACCGCCUUGUCUUCAAAUUGCACUAAUACUACUGUUGAAGAUCCUCCAGUUCAAGAAAUAAUGACUUCCUCAGAAAACAAUGAAUGUAUUCUCUCUACUAGUGCAGCAUUUGGAUCUGAAGCUAGAAGUACUUUAGACCCUGCCACCUCUAAUUCUGGAAGUAGUUCUGCUUUUGAGGCAGCCAAAUUAAGACAGCCAGAUGGCUGUGUGGAACCUGUACGGCAACAGUCUGGAAAUGCCAACACAGAAACCUUGCCAUCAGGGUGGGAACAGAGAAAAGAUCCUCAUGGUAGAACCUAUUACGUGGAUCAUAACACUCGAACAACCACAUGGGAGAGGCCACAACCUUUACCUCCAGGUUGGGAAAGAAGAGUUGAUGAUCGUGGAAGAGUUUAUUAUGUGGAUCACAACACCAGAACAACAACCUGGCAGCGGCCUACCAUGGAGUCUGUUCGAAAUUUUGAACAGUGGCAGUCUCAGCGGAACCAAUUGCAGGGAGCUAUGCAACAGUUCAACCAACGAUACCUCUAUUCGGCUUCAAUGUUAGCUGCAGAAAAUGACCCAUAUGGGCCUUUGCCACCAGGCUGGGAAAAAAGAGUGGAUUCAACUGACAGGGUUUACUUUGUGAAUCAUAAUACAAAAACAACCCAGUGGGAAGAUCCAAGAACUCAAGGCUUACAGAAUGAAGAACCCCUGCCAGAAGGGUGGGAAAUCAGGUAUACUCGGGAAGGCGUUAGGUACUUUGUUGAUCAUAAUACAAGAACAACAACAUUCAAAGAUCCUCGCAAUGGGAAGUCAUCUGUAACUAAAGGUGGUCCACAGAUUGCUUAUGAACGCAGCUUUAGGUGGAAACUUGCUCACUUCCGUUAUUUGUGCCAGUCUAACGCACUACCCAGUCACGUAAAGAUCAAUGUAUCCCGGCAGACAUUGUUCGAAGAUUCCUUCCAACAGAUUAUGGCAUUAAAACCCUAUGACUUGAGGAGACGAUUAUAUGUAAUAUUUAGAGGAGAAGAAGGACUUGAUUAUGGUGGUCUAGCAAGAGAAUGGUUUUUCUUGCUUUCACAUGAAGUUUUGAACCCCAUGUAUUGCUUAUUUGAGUAUGCUGGCAAGAACAACUAUUGUCUACAAAUAAAUCCAGCCUCAACCAUUAAUCCAGACCAUCUUUCGUACUUCUGUUUUAUUGGCCGCUUUAUUGCUAUGGCACUUUUUCAUGGGAAGUUUAUUGAUACUGGUUUCUCUUUACCAUUCUACAAGCGUAUGCUAAGCAAAAAACUGACUAUUAAGGAUUUGGAGUCUAUUGAUACUGAAUUUUAUAACUCCCUUAUCUGGAUAAGAGACAACAACAUUGAAGAAUGUGGCUUAGAAAUGUACUUUUCUGUUGACAUGGAAAUUUUGGGAAAGGUUACUUCACAUGACCUGAAGUUGGGAGGUUCCAAUAUCCUCGUGACUGAGGAGAACAAAGAUGAAUAUAUUGGUUUAAUGACAGAGUGGCGUUUUUCUCGAGGAGUGCAAGAACAGACCAAAGCUUUCCUUGAUGGUUUUAAUGAAGUUGUUCCUCUUCAGUGGCUCCAGUACUUUGAUGAAAAAGAAUUGGAGGUUAUGUUGUGUGGCAUGCAGGAGGUUGACUUGGCAGAUUGGCAGAGAAAUACUGUGUAUCGUCAUUAUACAAGAAACAGCAAGCAGAUCAUUUGGUUUUGGCAGUUUGUGAAAGAGACAGACAAUGAAGUAAGGAUGCGACUAUUACAGUUUGUCACUGGAACCUGCCGUUUGCCUCUAGGAGGAUUUGCCGAGCUUAUGGGAAGUAAUGGGCCUCAAAAAUUUUGUAUUGAAAAAGUUGGCAAAGACACCUGGUUACCAAGAAGCCACACGUGUUUUAAUCGCUUGGAUCUACCACCAUAUAAGAGUUAUGAACAACUAAAGGAAAAACUUCUUUUUGCAAUAGAAGAGACAGAGGGAUUUGGACAAGAAUGAAUGUGGCUUCUUGUCUUGGAGGAGCUCUUGCAUUUAAAUACCCCAGCCAAGAAAAAUUGCACAGAUAGUGUAUAUAAGCUGUUCAUUCUGUACAGUGAAUUUUCUGAACCUCUCAAAGUAUAAAUGUUUUCCGUUCUUCCACAGAAAUAUGCAAAACAGUUCAUCCUUUUCUACUUUAUUUAUUGUUCCCUUGAAGUGACUGACUAGGAAAAAGAUCAUCCUUAAAUUUUGAAGCAAGCAAGAGACUUUAUUAAAAAAAAAGUAUAUAUCUAUAUAAGCAUAUAUGAUAAUGGCUCUAGUUUUAUAGAGCUCUGGGUAUAUUAAACAUGACAGCCGUUCAUUCAAAAAUAAUCUGGAUUUGCUUUACCUUGUUUCUAUUAUCCAGAGAAAAAAGUACAAAUUGCUUCAUGAUCUUCUCCCUUACUUAACACCUCCUGAGGGUGUUUAGUUGCAUGGCUGUUCAGGAAGGUAUUAAGGGCUUAGGCCAAAUCUUACUUUGAGUAUGUUAAAAAAAAAUGCUGCUGGCUUUUCUGAAGACAGGCAUUUGAACCUGUCAAUUUGUUUUAAAUAAGUACAAUAGUUGAAAAAUUUCCCUCUUUGCUAUAUCACUAAUACAUAGUAAUGAAUGAAACCCUAACUUAAAUGUAAGGCACAUACUAGAUCCAAAGCCAUUUAGUUUAUUCUAGAGAUUGGAAAGAAUUCAUUAGGCAGCAAAGAGGUUUGUUUACAUGUUACUUUGGGAUGCUAGGUAUUUGUGGAGUUAAAAAGAAUCAGGUACUUAAUGUACUUUUGUUUUUAAAUCUGUGAUGUUCUUUAAAUUUAACUCAUAAUAAAUUGAUGCGGUUUGAUACUUAGGAACAUAUAAUAAGGUAAUGUGAACAAUUUUGCUUUUGUGUUCAAAGUUUUGGUUUUAUAAAACUGGAUGGACUGAAGAGUUGUGUAAGCAUUUGAACACUCAAAUGAGUCUAUUUUCUAUUAGUGUUCGAAUAUCUUCAUUCCUCUUAAAUUCAUGAAAAUUUUAUCUGAAUUAUAUAAGCAUAUUAAAAAAUCUUUUGGUUCCCCACCCCCCUUUUUACACAGAUCAUUAUUUUUGUCCUAAUAACUUUUUAAUUUUUCAUUAUCAAGGGCAUUUGCUGAACUACAAAGAUGUAUAACAAAUUAAAAUCUGAUGUGAAUGAUAUUAAUGCUAUUUUAGCAAACUGGGCUUCCUUACUAAUACAGAAAUUUUAAUUUCCAUUUGUAUCAUUUCAAUAUGCAGUGUAAAUUUCAUUCAGUUUUUUAUAACGACAGAACGGACAUCUUACAAUGUUAUGUGUAACAUAUUUAACUGCUAAGUACAUACAGAAAAUACUAUACAAUUUAAUUUCCCUAAACAGUUUUUGUUCUGCCAAAAUUUUAUUUUUCUACAUAUUAGAUUGUGUUCUGCACUUCAGAGUUCAUAGUAAAGAUGAAAUAAAGGCAGUGAUCCACUA